AGGCAGGUCGACAACUCUAAAAUACAGCUGAUGAUUUCGAACAAAAAAAAACAAGCUGCGGGGCGUAAAGUUAUUUGUGAUUGAAAUUAUUAAACUGGGACUGUUUGUCCGAGCUUUCAGCAUGGCCUGGCGUUCCGUUGGUGCUAGCAAUGAGGAUCUAAUACGCCAACUCAAAGAGUACGGCGUCAUUGCAUCCGACGCGGUGGCAAAGGCAAUGAUUGAUACGGAUCGAAAGCACUACUCCCCACGCAACCCCUACAUGGAUGCGCCCCAACCAAUUGGCGGCGGAGUCACUAUUAGCGCACCACACAUGCACGCCUUUGCAUUGGAAUAUCUGCGCGAUCAUUUGAAGCCUGGUGCUCAUGUGCUGGACGUGGGCUCUGGUUCUGGCUACCUAACCGCCUGCUUCUAUCGCUACAUCAAGUCGAUGGGGGAGAGUGCCGACACCUGCAUUGUGGGCAUCGAGCACCAGUCCGCGUUGGUGCAAAUGAGCAAGACUAAUUUGAAUGCCGAUGAUCGUAGCAUGCUCGACUCUGGAACUCUGAAAAUUGUGCAGGGCGAUGGACGCAAAGGAUACCCAGAUCAUGCGCCAUACAACGCCAUACAUGUAGGAGCCGCUGCUCCCGACACGCCCACCGAACUGCUCAAUCAACUGGCUAACGGCGGUCGCCUUAUUGUGCCAGUUGGACCCGAGGGCGGCUCGCAGUACAUGCAGCAAUAUGACAAGGACAAAAAUGGAAAAGUAGAGAUGAAGCGUCUUAUGGGCGUGAUGUAUGUACCUCUCACGGAUUUACGCUCUUGAUGCCACAAACUAGGACAGGUGCUAAUCGUUGUGCUGCUGAUUGGCAUAGUUAUAUACCAAAUUUGGGAGUUUAUUCGCUAGUUUAAUCGUCUGCUCAGCGGUCAGCAAAAGGAACGUUAUGAAUCUACAUAUACAACCAACCCUAAAAAAUAUCAAGUCCUUUUCCUAUGUUGAAUUAAUAUAAAUUAUUUGUCUACUUA